AUCCGGUUUGGUAUUAAUCCCGGUCUAGCUUUUAUAUAUGGUAUGAUUUUAUUUCAGAAGUGUAUUGAACCAACUCGAGCAAGUAGAAGAAACUCAUGCCGUUCGUUCUUCCGCCCAAAUAGUAUCAAAACCAGAGAUUCUGGAUGACUAGAUCCUCUAAUGUCGAUCGAGACCUCCUUGCCUCGAGAAUAUAUGGGUUACCUUUGUUACUGGCAAUAUAUUUUCUGAAUAAUUUUGUCUAGAUUGAUCGAGAAGAACAAACGUUAAGGAGGAAGCAGGCGAAUCAUACUUGAAGAUUUAGGUAGAUAGAUCUUUACUAGGCGUUAGAAUUCGGAUUUUGAUCCUCGUGCCAAUUCUGUAGAUUCUCACUUACCUCAAUCAAUUGUAUAACUUUUGCUCUAGAGAUUUAGUUGCACUAGAUAGGUGAAGUAUAUGUACCCCGAGACUCUGUUUUGAAAUGUGCAAUGUGAUGAAUUAGAAUCUUCUGCGAGGAGGAAUCGAAGUUUGAAAAUGAUAAUUUCUGGAAGAAGACGUGACUGUGGGACUUGGUUUCGUAAUGUGCUGAUGUAUAUCCUACCUCACCUUAUCUGAUUAUUCUGGUGUAAACAAAAUGAAGUUUUGGAAGGAACGUGAAAGGGAAAACAAGGAACAAGUGGUCUCGCCUUUAUGCGGCCAAAUUCGAGUACUGGUGGUUGGUGAUUCAGGUGUGGGAAAAUCAUCUCUUGUGCAUCUCAUUGUCAAAGGAUCCUCUAUCGUUCGCCCAUCUCAAACAAUUGGAUGUACAGUUGGUGUCAAGUACUUAACUUACGAAAGUCCUGCUAGUUCUUCAAGUAGCAUUAAAGGUGAUUCCGAGAGAGAUUUCUUUGUCGAACUUUGGGAUGUAUCAGGUCAUGAACGAUACAAAGAUUGCCGCUCACUGUUCUAUUCACAAGUUAAUGGAGUUAUUUUUGUUCAUGAUCUCUCCCAAAAGAGAACAAAAACAAGUCUGCAGAAAUGGGCGGAUGAAGUUUCAGUAAGUGGGACGUUUUCAGCUCCUCUUUCUUCUGGUGGGCCUGGUGGUCUUCCCGUCCCAUACAUCGUUAUUGGAAACAAAGCCGAUAUUGCUACCAAGGAAGGAUCAAGUGGAAGCAGUGGCAAUCUUGUUGAUGCAGCUCGUCAGUGGGUUGAGAAACAAGGUCUGCUUCCACAUAGUGAUGAACUUCCUCUAUCUGAGAGCUUCCCAAGCAAUGGUGGUCUCAUAAUGGCUGCCAAGGAAGCUAGUUAUGACAAAGAAGCUGUGAACAAAUUCUUCCGUAUGCUGAUUAGAAGAAGAUAUUUCUCAGACGAGCUACCGUCGUCUUCUUCAGCAUGGUCUCUUUCCCCUGCACAUUCUCAGUGGUUAGAUGAAGGCACAAGUGAUGAAGAUCAGUUAUAUAAAAGAACAAGCAGCCUAAGGGGAGGAGAUCCUUACAAGUAUAACACAGUACCGCAACAUAACCUCACGCAGCCUCCUACACUCUAUCCGCAGCAACCACCUGACCGUUACAAUUACGCCAUCCCUAGAUUCUCGUUUUCCAGUGCAGAGGAAAGCAACACCGGUAAUGGCAGGUCUAAACGGGAUGGAUAUUAAUGUCUGAAAUUUUAAACACGUAGAAAAAUCUCACAUGAUUCUUCUGUAAUACUCCAAACAUCUAUACUGACAACGCAAGGUGGGGUUGGAGUGGGUUUAAUCUCCCAACCGUAUUUUUGGUCCUAUCCCAACUCUUUGGUUCAACUCUGGUUCCCUUCAAACUAAAUGGGUUUCGUAAUAAGCUUUGUCUAGUUAUAAUUCUUAUAGUUGGGCUUCGGGCUCCCUAGCUCUGUUAAA